AUGGAGAGCCAGAAGGCCAUUAAUUACAUCACCUGGGAGUCUUCACGGACAGUGGCAAAUUCCCCCUUUCUUGAGAAGCCAAGGAAAAACCGAUAUGAUGCGCUGUGUGUGACAGAAUUGCUUGGUGAGUACGCAGUGCAGGAGCUAAGGGAAUUCGGUUAUCAUAAGCUGAGCUGCUCUACGAAGACUGAUGAGGCGGGGGAGGAGAAGAAGCUUGGGGAACGGAAAGCAAUGCUUGAGCCCAUUUUUAAGCCGCUGGGUUGGUCUGCUAGUAUGGAGAGCAUCGUGAAGGUCAAACCGCUGCGUUACAACAGCAUGAAGAUCUACCUGGUGAGUAAGACGAGAAUAAAGUUGAGCGGGGAGCACAGCGUCAUACUGAAUACCAAGAACACAGCAACAGUAGACCAGUACGACAAAAUCAUUUGA